AUGAAACUAAAAAGAUUAUUAUCUACAAGUAUACAAGAAAUACGAAAUUUUAAUAAUAUACCAUCAGAUUCAAGAAUAUUCUCAUUAAUACAACCAACCGGUAAAAUACAUCUCGGUAAUUAUCUUGGUGCUGUUAAAAAUUGGAAAACUUUAUCAAAUUUAUCACACUUGGAAAAUAAAUGUAUAUUUGGAGUAGCGGAUUUACAUGCAAUUACAAUCCCAAAACUAGCGACGGAACUUAAAGAAUAUAGAUAUCAAGCUAUUGCAAGUUUAUUAUCGAGUGGUCUUGAUGACUCACAAUGUAUAUUAUAUUUUCAAAGUUCUGUGCCCGAACAUACUGAAUUAAACUGGUAUUUAACUUGUAUUACAUCCAUGGGACAGUUAAAUAGAAUGACUCAAUGGAAAUCAAAAGCUAAACAGGGUGAAAAUUCAACUAUAACGGAUGAUAAAGUAUUGGAAAGUACUAAAGCUGGAUUAUUAUGUUAUCCUAUAUUACAAAUUGCAGAUGUUUUAAUUUAUAAAUCUACUCAUGUUCCCGUGGGUGAUGAUCAAUCUCAGCAUUUAGAAUUAUGUAGAGAUGUAGCAGAAAGAUUUAAUUCAAUUUAUCAAACUGAUUAUUUUCCAAUACCGAAAACUAUCUUAACUUCAAAUAAGAAAAUUUUAAGUUUGAAAAAUCCAAAUAAGAAAAUGUCCAAAUCUGAUCCAAAUCAAAACUCGUGUGUUUAUAUAACUGAUAGUCCAGAAGCAAUAAAAAUGAAGAUUAAAAAAGCAACUACUGAUUCAAUACAAGGACAAAUAUACUUUGAUCCGGAAGAAAGACCAGGUGUUUCUAAUUUGAUUAAUAUUGUUGCAGGUAUUAAAGAUUUAUCUAUUGAUGAAACAGUCAAUGAAAUGUCACAUUUGAAAGAUCAUAAACAAUUGAAAGAUUAUGUUAGCGAGAUUAUAAUUGAAGAAUUUACACCAAUGAGGUUGAAAUAUAAUGAGUUUAUGAAUAAUAAAGAUUAUUUAACUAGUAUUGUAAAUAAGGGGAAAGAACAUGCUAAAGAAAUAGCUGAAAAAAAUAUUAAAGAAAUUAGAACAAAAAUAGGAAUGGAUUAA